AGUGGGGCAGUAUUUCCUUCUCCUACAGCUGAUAUGGCAGAAAUAAAUCGUAUUCAGUAUGAGAUGGAAUACACCGAAGGUAUCAGCCAGCGGAUGAGGGUCCCAGAAAAAUUAAAAGUUGCUCCACCGCCUCCUGACUUGGAGCCAGGGUUCCAAGAAGGAGUCCCAAAUGCAGUUCCAGAGAGGAUUGUUAUAGCAGGUAAUAAUGAAGACAUUUCAUUUUCAAGACCAGCAGACCUUGACCUUAUCCAGUCAACACCCUUCAAACCCUUGGCGUUAAAAACACCUCCCCGUGUUCUGACACUAAGUGAGAGACCACUUGAUUUUCUGGACUUAGAAAGGCCCAUCCCUCCAACCCCUCAAAAUGAAGAUGAAAAGUCUCAUUUGGAGGAAGAGCCCAGCCAUCAGCAAGUCCGUGCAACUGGCAGGCUGAAAAGGGAGAGGUCUAUGAGUGAAAAUGCUGUACGACAAAAUGGACAGUUGGUCAGAAACGAUUCCAUAUACGGUCUUUCAACUUUGGAUGCAACAAUUGAAGGAACACCAGAUGACGUGACUGUUGUAGAUGCUGCUUCCCUAAGACGUCAGAUAAUCAAACUUAAUCGACGUCUCCAACUUUUGGAAGAGGAAAACAAAGAACGUGCAAAAAGAGAGAUGGUCAUGUAUUCCAUUACCGUAGCUUUCUGGCUGCUUAAUAGCUGGCUUUGGUUUCGCCGCUAGAGGUCACCUCAGCUCUUAACAUACUUGUCAUAACACCUGGAAAUAUAAAGCAUUUGCAAA